GUCGAGGGCACGCGGUGGCUCUUCACUUCCUGGUUGAAGAUGGCGGAUGAGAAUGAGACAGCACCGAUGCCGGAGAAAGAAGAUGUAGAAGACCACGGACACUGCAGCGACUGUGAAAAUGAAGAGCACCACUCUGAAGAUGGUGACAGAGGUCUGGGAGACGACACUGGCGCCAAGAAGAAGAAAAAGAAGCAGAAAAAGAAGAAGAAAUCUGGUGCCACAGAAGCAGCUCAGGACCCCCUUGCCAAGGUGAAUUCGUUGCCAGCUGAUAAGCUACAGGAGAUCCAAAAGGCCAUCGAGCUGUUCUCUGUAGGCCAAGGCCCUGCCAAAACCAUGGAGGAGGCAACUCGUCGGAGUUACCAGUUCUGGGACACGCAGCCUGUGCCCAAGCUUGGGGAGACCGUGACAUCACAUGGCUCCAUUGAACCUGACAAAGACAACAUUCGCGAGGAGCCCUACAGCCUCCCGCAGGGCUUCAGCUGGGACACCCUCGACUUGGGGAAUCCUGGCGUGCUCAAGGAGCUUUACACCCUUCUCAACGAGAAUUACGUCGAAGAUGAUGACAACAUGUUCCGAUUUGACUACUCCCCCGAGUUCCUGCUCUGGGCCCUGCGGCCUCCUGGCUGGUUGCCCCAGUGGCAUUGUGGGGUGAGGGUUAACUCCAACCAGAAGCUGGUCGGCUUCAUCAGUGCCAUUCCUGCUACCAUACGUAUCUACGACAUAGAAAAGAAAAUGGUUGAGAUCAAUUUCCUCUGCGUCCACAAGAAGCUUCGCUCCAAACGAGUGGCUCCGGUUCUGAUCAGAGAAAUCACCAGACGGGUCAACCUGCAGGGUAUCUUUCAGGCUGUUUACACUGCUGGUGUGGUACUGCCCAAACCUGUGGGCACAUGCAGGUACUGGCAUCGCUCUUUGAACCCACGCAAACUAAUCGAGGUGAAGUUCUCCCACCUGAGCAGGAACAUGACUAUGCAGCGCACCAUGAAGUUGUACCGUCUGCCUGAGGCUCCUAAGACUUCAGGUCUGCGGCCGAUGACCAAGAAGGAUGUGCCAGUGGUGCAUCGCCUCCUCCGUGAGUACCUGAGCCAGUUCAACCUGGUGCCCGCCAUGAACCAGGAAGAGGUAGAACACUGGCUGCUGCCCCGAGAGAAUAUUAUCGAUACUUACCUGGUGGAGAAUGAUGGCAAGGUAACGGAUUUCCUGAGUUUCUACACACUGCCCUCUACCAUUAUGAACCACCCUGUGCACCGCAGUCUUAAAGCAGCAUACUCCUUCUACAACGUGCACACCACCACCCCCUUGCUCGACCUGAUGUCUGAUGCCCUCAUCCUGGCCAAAUCGAAAGGGUUUGACGUCUUCAAUGCACUGGAUCUAAUGGAAAACAAGACUUUCUUGGAGAAGCUUAAGUUCGGCAUCGGCGAUGGAAAUCUACAGUAUUAUCUGUACAAUUGGAAAUGUCCCAGCAUGGGUUCAGAAAAGGUUGGGUUGGUACUGCAGUGACACCCCUUUACGCCAUAAUCAAGUGACACCAAUAGGCAAGGAGAUGGAACCAUCGUACUGACCACCUGACAGAUGGACUGAUGACUUCCUGCUUCAGGAAAGGAAAACCCACCGCCCAUUUUUAUUUUUUGACCUUUUGAACUUUGACCUGCACUACCGCUGCCAGGCAGGGAGGCAGGGAGAGUCUUCCUGCUCUUCCUCCUCCCUCGAUCACAUGGACCUUAAGCCAUUGUUACCAUCCCAAACAACUGUAUUUCAUCUGAGAGCUGUCUUGAUUGUACCAAACACACAUACACACAAGAACAGUUUGCACAGAUUACUGUAAAUCAAACACUCACUGUCGGCAUACCUACGAAACGUACAGUACAUGUAAAUAAUCUCAAACUGACUGCGGAUCAUGCCCUAACACAUACAGACUAGAACCUACUGUUUUGUUUUAUUCCUAAAUGUUGGAGGCGCUUUUUGCAAUUAAAAUAAAUCUGUCAUCCUUAAGUUUUAGAGAUAAAAAAAAUCAAAAUGAUCAAAAAAUAUUUUAAAGAGGAAAAGGCUCAAAAGGGUGAGGUAAUAAAUACCAAAAGUGGACACCAGAUAAGGGCUUCUGUUAAGAUUUCUCUUGUCAAGCUUGACCCUGUGUCUUUUUUUUUCUUUAAAGAUGUUUAUGCCUUUUGGAGUUUUCCUCAUCUGUAUUAACUUUUCAUGACCAUCUUUCGUAGCUUACUGCACUAACAGAAGAUGCACCAAAACACAGACUAAUUACAACGCUGUUGGUGAUGGUGGGGGAUAUCAGUAUCCACACAGAUGUUGAAGGCAUUCUGAUGGGGUUUACUCAAUACACAUUUCAGCAGGGAUCAGAUUUGUAUUGACUCCUCUUGAUUUAACUGUGCUCCGGUUUCAGUGUCUCUCAGGCUUUGACAUGUGUCCCCAAAAAGUCUGCAAGAGUUUAGGUUGAAAUCGAAAGUGCUUGAAGGUGGUUUUGAGCUCAUUGUGCAGACUUUGUUAAGGGAAUUACACAGAAAGUACUAAACGUAUUCAUAAAUUUUAAUGUAAUAAAACACAAAAAUGCACCCACUGAA